AUGAGUAUUGAGCUUGUUUCAACUGCAGAUGUCAAAAUCAUGGUGCAAAAGAUUGCACUCAGCAUACACAGUCAAAAAACUAGCAGGAUCAUCUUCAAAGUGAAAGAGAUGCCCGUGUUAGAUGACUCUCUGAAUUCUGUGAAUGCAAAGAAGAAGCAGGCUUCUGACUGGGAUGCAGGUGAGGAAGUGAACACUCAUCUCAAUGUCUUGAGGCCCGAAAUGUUAAUGUAUAAGAGGCACUUGAGUAAGAAUCAAGAGAUGGCUGCAAAAGUGUUAGCAGACACAGAAGCUUCUACACAAUAUAUUGAUGAUCAUAUGAUCUGA